AUGCAGUCGUUUCUCCACUGCCUGGCGAUUGUUGCCAUUCUUUUCGCAGCUCGGCCGUGCCGUGCAUCCCGUCCUGAUCAGUCUCUCCGAUCACCACAGGGCACCUCAAGAGGACAUGUGAACGCUGCGUACUUCAUCAACUGGGGCAUCCAUGACAGAGGCUUUUACCCUCAGCAUAUGGAUGUGUCCCACAUCUCUCACGUACUCUACGCAUUCUUGGGUGUCGAAUCCGACGGAACAGUAUACUCCAAAGACGAAUAUGCCGACUAUAUGGCACAGCUUGACGGAGACACAACUUUUCCUCUUAAAAAAAAAUCCAAUCGUCACCUCAAGACUCUGCUUUCCAUCGGCGGAUGGGGGGCCGGGUCUGCGAACUUCAGCGCUGCCGCAAGCACACCUGACACGCGUGCCAGAUUCGCCUCGACUUCGGUCUCCCUGAUGUGGAAUUGGGGUUUCGACGGUAUCGAUAUCGACUGGGAGUAUCCGGAUGAUGAAAUCGAUGCUGCUAAUUUAGUUCUCCUCCUAAAGGCUGUACAGACAGAACUUGGCAUAUGUGCAAGAAACUACGCCUCGGGCCAUCAUUUCCUACUGUCCGUUGCCGCCCCAGCUGCUCCUGAGCAUUACUUAAAGCUUCAACUGAACCAUACGGGCGGAAUUGUUGACCAAAUCAACCUUAUGGGUUAUGACUACUCUGGAAGCUGGGAUCACAUCAGUGGUCAUAACGCCAACCUGUUCCCGUAUAAACGCCCUGUCAAAAAGCUCAACCUCGACUAUACCCUCAAUGAAAGCUUCGAAACGGCGAUCAACACGGACUAUGCUAUCAAAGACUAUCUUAGAUCCGGGGUGCCCGGUGAAAAGAUUGUCCUCGGCAUACCUGUCUUCGGCCGCUCCUUUGAAAAUAACACGGGCCUCGGAAAGACCUUCAGUAGUGUUGGGAAGGGCUCCUGGGAGCUUGGCAUCUGGGAUUACAAGGCACUUCCCAAGGAAGGAGCUACGAUCAUAUACGACCCAAUAGCCCAUGCGUCUUUCAGUUAUGACGAGAGAAAACGUGAAUUAAUCUCCUACGAUACCCCGAGCGUAGUUCAAGAGAAGGUAGAAUACGUGCUGGAGCAUGGUCUCGGCGGAAGCAUGUUCUGGGAGGCUUCUGCGGACAAGCAGGGACGUGACUCCCUUAUCGGCACAAGCUACCGCGCCUUGGGAAGCCUGGAAGCGACGCAGAACUGGCUGGAUUACACGAAUUCGUACUUUAACAAUAUUGCGACAAAGAUGGGCGAGGACUAUAUCUGA